AGCCGCCAUUAUGGCACAAGAAGGACCACAACAACAAUUUUUACGACAACUUCCGUGACAAGGCAGAAACUGCGUGUCAGUUAUCGAAUUCACAAAGUGUGCCAAUCAAACUCAAAGCUCUUGUUUCUACAGUAGUUGCCAAAGGAAUUUGUUGAGAUUCGAGACUGGCUUCAUUUCAUCUUCAUAUUUAAUCCUAGCAGACCCUGCUUCGAACAGAUAUGGCUGAGCUGGUAGCAGUUAAAUUAGUCUUUGGAGUGGCUUGGAAAUUGUUUGCACCCAAAACUGCAUCAAAACUUGAGCAUGGUGACAUUGCUGAGGAAAAACUUCGGCAAAUGCUACUGAAUGAAUUUCAGAAAAUUCACGAGCACUUGAAUGCUUUGCGAAGGAAAGAGUUGGUUGCAGCCAUUUCUUUGCUCGAAACAGGCUACGAUUUGGUUUCAAAAGACCCUAAAACUGCCAGAGAAGAGUUUCGAAAAGCAAGGGAUGCAGCUUUGAUGGCAUUUGGUGUAGUCCCAGAUAUUACUGAUAAAUUAAUGGCUACAAAAAUUCUUGUUCUCGCCUCCAUCCACGAGUUCAAUGACAACAUAGAAACAGCAAAGACCCUUGUCCUGAAGUAUGUGUCAAGAAUGAAUGCACUUCCAGAAGUUGUUAAAGUUUGUCAAGUUAUAUUUGAUAGCAGCUCCAACUUAAAAGGAAAGCUACUGAGUUUAACUGGCAAAACUUCACGACGGGAUGUAAUGGAACUAGUUGCAAAUAUUAACUACAGUGCCUAUGAUUUCAUCACCAGUUCAGUGCCUGAUUUUAAUGAAAACUGGCCUAGGGUAGUAUGGGAAAAGUCAAAUAUACAUCCUGUUCAUGAUUUGUGUUUACUCAGAGGAAGUGACUUGCUCUGUACUUUUGAUAAAGAAUUUGGUUCUCUUAUUGCUGCCUCAAAUACUUCUUCUUUUAUUUUUAUGGCCUUUGCAUCUAAUGGUGUAUCAGAGGUGCAGAACAACAUAACUGUUUUUCAACAUGAAACUGGCACUUUAAGGCAUCUGGUCGGACAUACUGGUAAUGUUCUUUCUCUAGCUUCUAAUGAUCAAUAUUUGUUUUCAGCAUCUUAUGACAAAACAAUCAUGAUAUGGGAUAUAAAUUCCCUUGAGUGUAUCAGAAUAUUAAAUGAGCAUACUGGAGCAGUAAGGACUCUUUGCAUUUCAGAACAAUAUCUAUUCACAGGCUCAACUGAUUCUUUGAUUUGUGUUUGGUCUUUGAAUGACCUUAGCCUGUGCAAGAAACUAUCAGUUGGAAGUCCAGUUGCAUUUCUUACAUGCUCGACAAAGAAGUUCUUGUAUUGUCUAACUGCAUUUUUCAAAGUACAAAUUUGGGAUGUUGUGAAACUAAUGAAAGAAGGCAUAGAAGAACCUACCUGUAUUAUUCCAGUUGAAACCACUGUUAAAAAGCUAAUGAUAUCAGAUAAUUUGAUGUUUGCUUGUGGGAAGGAAUCAGUGUACAUAAUAAAACUUGGAAGUUUGAGACAAGAAGGAGUGUUGUUGAAUGCAUCAGGGUAUGAGGCAGCACUUCUACCUUCAAACAAGUUUCUCAUAUCAAGAGGUCAGGACCUAGAUUUAUGGAGUACUAGAAGUGGCAAGAAGGUCAUGAGUGAAAGUUUUGCACAAGAGGGUAAUAUAAUUAUAGACUUUAUGUGGAUGAACAAAAGCAAUUUAUUUGUUGCAUAUAAUGAUACAGAUGUUCAUCGUCUUGUAUUAAGAAGAUUUUAAAGAAUUGCAAUUCUGGUUUAAUGAAGGUAAAAGAAUUUAAUUCUUUUCAAACAUCUCUUUGAACAGUAACUAAAGGUUUUUGCAUUUAAGCCUUAGUUAAACUAUGUCAUUCAGACUGCAGCAAGUAGGCCUUAAUUUUCCCUUGGAGGGUGUGGAGGGGCGCAAGGGACAAGCCAUCAUAAAAUGUUUUCAGAAUUUAUUACAUUGUUGGUUACUUUGAAUCACAAUUAGGUGCAUUGCAAAUAUGACAUCCAGCAAAUAUGCUAGUUUUUCAUGGUAGUCUCACAGAAAAAAUAAGUAUAUUGUAGUGUAACCAGAAAUAAAACAGCUUUAUUUUAUCCAUGGGCUACCAACUUAGAGAUGGGUGCAAUCUAAAUAUCAUGUCUUCUAAAUUCUUGUCAAAAUUCCACGGAUCCAAAAACAAAACUCCAGUUUUCAUGAUUGAAAAGAUUUAUACUCUUGAGAGACUUGUGAGUCAGUUUUAAAUUAAAGGACUAAUCAAAACUUUAGUUAUGAUUGGCUAUCUUGUUUCUUUGAAUCUAUCUUUCCUUUAACCGUUUUGAUUCAAUAAAGAUAAAAGUUUUUGUCCAAAAAUUUCACUUUCUAGAAUAAGAUUGUAAAAAGACCAGAAGAUGACAAAAUCCAUACCAAGAAAUGGAUCAGCCAACAUGAUUGAUAAACCUUUUUGUAAAUCAUUGGCUGGUUAUGAAUCACUAGCCCCUGAUACAAAAAGCAAAUUUUUCCCUUAAGUAAACGAAUGUAAAAAAAAGACAAAGUUUGUUCUAUGGCUGCUCAUGUUUUUAGAAUGAUUUGUUCUUCGCAAAUAUUUGUUUGAAAAACUAUAUGCACUUGGCUCAAGUUUGCCCACUGUGCCAAAAAAAUUGUGCUGUAUCAAAUUUUAUACACAAUGCUUAAAUUUAAAUAUUUACCAAAGACACUGUCUUUGUUGCAAACAAGCCCAGGCAAAUAGUGCACUGGAAUCUAAAAAAUGGGGGUGUUAAGAAAUUUUGCCAGUGCUUUGAAGUAAGAAAACUUUUCUUAGACCUAGUAUUUAAAAAUUUAAAAACGUUUACCUAACAUCUUCAAAGAAAUGAUGAAUCAAACAUGCGCUAAAGGAAAGCAGGAGGUCAUACUUCAAAUUUUAAAAUCUGAAGUUAAAUGGCUAGGUAGGACUGAUUGUUUUGGUUGGCAUUCCCUUAUUUGACAUAGCAGAUCUGCAAUUUGUAAACUGAUCAUAUCAUUUAAGGGUCAUGACCAAAUUAAACCAGCAAAAAUGUCUGCAGGAGACAAAGAAGGAGAAGCAUAGAACAUAUAUGAUACGCUUUUAGUGCCCAUAACAGAACGAUGCUAAGUCGGUACUUCGAGUUUCAUGCUUAGUGCGAGCAUCAAGCAACGGUUCUGUAAAUUGCCCUUCAUCAGUGCUGUAAAUUUUCAUUUUAGCAAAAGUUUCUGCGCAUGUUGACUAUCAUUUAAAACCCUAAGUUGACGACUAUCAUCCUACCUUGAAAAUACUACUGACGUUACCAUCGAACUAAACACCAUGAAUGCAGUUCCAAAUAAUACAUUUUUAAUGUUCACAAUAAUAUAAAUUUAACACCAUUAUUCCAAUAAACGAAUGCAUACUAGCAGUGAAAGGAGAAGGAAUCAUUUCAUCAUUGUGACGAGAAACAACUCGCUUUUGACGUCUAACAGACACAAAGGCCAAAAAUAUUUCGAUUCCAUGCAUACAUCACAUUGCACCCCAAAUAUUUUCAUAUAAUACUAUGCAAACAUGCGAAACAUUUCAAUCUGAAAAUUACAUUACCCUACAGAAUCUAAACAACUUGAUUCCUAGUCUAGUUAGAUGGAAAUUGAAUUUGCCAAUGAUGCUUGGUGUAGUUCGACACAGAAAAGAGUCAAACAAAGUAAACAGAGAGAAUGAGCUGAUCAAGCCAAUCAAAUUGUAGUUAUAGCUGUAGCGAUCAUUUAAAAUGUCCUUUUUCUUUUGUUAGUUUUCAAGUGUCCUUUCACAACAAAUAUAUAUCUCAUCUAUUACCUUGAUAACAAGAAAUUUCUAUAUUUUGCAAAAUAUUUUGCAGCAUUUUUGGCAAAAAGGGACCUGCAUUUUCUUUGGCCCUUCCUUCUUUGGCAUUGAGGUUAUUCUUUCCACCUUUGUAAAAGCCAGAAAUUGCAGUUUGAACUUCUUCUUGGUCAGCCUGCACCAGUUUCUUUGAUGUGUUUUCCCAAUGUCUUUCGGUAUGUAGCAUCAUAACUCUAUGCAAAAAAGGAGGAUGAGAACAUUAGGACUCAGGACUCAAUCAGAAUACAAUUAUCAAGCCUUGAGGUUUACGGAAAGGUCGCUAUGGACAUAUUGUCGUCCUUUUCUUCUACUUGUUUCUUGUUAACGCUGCAAGCAACUGGAGUAAAUCACAGCCAAACAGUCACUUCAAGACAAAUCCAAAGCUUCAAAGGAAAGCUUUAUAAAUUUCAUCAAAAUCUUGCAUUCAGAAUAUUGUUCAGAAUAUUUUUACUUCAAAGGCCUCUUUUUCAACCAACUCGUUGAAAUAGAAGAUAAAACAUUGUUUUUAAAAUUUACGGAAGCGACGUCACUAAUAGUUGGAGGAUUAUCGAUAGCAGAAAGUUGACAGCAAAAGCUAGCAGUUUUAAAAUUGAAAGGCAGUCAUUAUAUGCUCUAGGAAUUUUCAGACAUUUCUAUCUACACAAUUUUCACUUGUUCUCUGCAUAUUAUUGCUUGGAGGUACCGGAGUAAUUUCUAAUCACAGGAAAGGCUUCAAAAAUCUUAUUGCAUCAGGGCUCAUGUUAGAGCAAGAUUAUACUUCGGAGCAAAAUUUGUUGACCCUUUGUGUUAAACUUGCAGGUGCCUAUGUCUAUCAAUGGUUGUGUUUGCUUGGGGCGUCGAAGCCACUGCGUUAAAGUCAUUAUUUUGGUAAAUUUUGUAAACAGCCGAUUUUAUUCAUAUCACUCCAACCCCAAACUGCGCUGCAAAAUACACAAUGGAGCCUAUAUUUAAGAUUUUUAUUGUACUUCUUGACCUCCUGUGUUCUUCUCUAGUCCCUUAAGCUGCAGUGAUGUAUCUCAGCUUAAAGGGACUUUGUGAAUCACAGUCUGCACUUGCUAGCGUCAUCGUACACAUUUAAAACCGGCUGAGAAUUUUUAUUCCAGAUAAAUCCUUUAAUGCUUCUGUGCAUAGACCCUUGAAAUGAAAUGAGAUGUUCUAGAAAUUCCAGUAAUCUGCAACUUAAGUCAAAAAACGAUCCAAUCAUCCAAUCAAAUCAAAUCAGCAUGUUCUUCAGGCCUACCCCAAAAAUAUUUAUGCACUGAUGUUCGAUUCUUUGUUUAGAGCAAGGUUGACUACAUUUAUUCAUAGUAAAGGCCAAAACGUGAAGGAUUUUCGGGACCAAUACUUAUUGAACAAAUCUAGCUAACUUUUCAUCAGGGGCUGGAUGUGGCAGGCGAACAUUGUGUUUGAUAGCCCUUUACCCCUGUAUUAGAGAUACUGGGUACCCAUGAAUUUUUUAGCGUAUUCUCAGCCAGAAUUUUUUGUUGAACCAUUGUUGUUAACAGCUUCAAGAAGAACUCAUUUUGGCUGUAUAUCAUGGUGUUUAAUUUCAGUAUGGAAAGUUGAUCUGUCUGCUGCAAAAGGCUCUUAAUAAUCGAAUUUUGCAUUAAAUUAGCUUUUCAGCAAAUUAUGUUCCAAUCUCCGUUGAUUUAAGUAUCAAUCGACAUGAAGAAAAUUGUAUGCAAUCGAAAGAGUGCUGGUAAUUUAUUCGUAGAAAAAGUCCUUCUGUUUACUCAAAAUAGUUCAAACAUCGAUUGCGUAUUUCUGGAAAGCAAAAUUGCUUUUUUUGCAAAUAGCCAGUAUUAUGGCAAUUCAGCCAUUCAUACUCAUAUUUUUUUGUGAUUUUUUCUUGUAGUUUGACCUUGCUAUUCUGCAACACCUUUCAAAUGUUGAGAAUAAAUCUCCAUUGAUCUACAGCUUGGGUAAACAUGCUGUUAAUCAUUCUGAUUAAAACGCUACAUACGAUACAGUUUGAACUACAGAAGGCCAACGAAACGAAGGCUCUAGAAUGACUCACACAAAGUA